ACCUACACUACACUGUCUAGGGCCUACACACCGUCACACGCCUACAGUCGCCUACUCUUCACAAGCUGUGCUAAAAUUUAUUUCUCCUGUUUAAUAUAUUACAAAUGGCUUCUCAAAAUAGAGACCCUGCGAUGCCAGACGUGAGGGCAAAGCCUGCGACUACAAUUUCCAACCUGAAUUCAAAAGAAAGCCAUUCUGUAACCAAGAGACUGCAACAGGAACUCAUGGCGUUAAUGAUGUGUGGUGACAAAGGCAUAUCUGCAUUUCCAGAUGGAGACAACCUGUUUAAAUGGGUUGGUACCAUACACGGAGCUCAAAGCACAGUGUACGAGGGGCUGACGUAUAAACUGUCAUUAGAGUUUCCCUGUGCAUACCCUUAUCAAGCUCCCGUAGUGAAGUUCCAAACACCGUGUUUUCAUCCCAACGUCGACCAAUCAGGGAAUAUCUGUCUAGACAUACUUAAGGAGAAGUGGGCCGCUUCGUAUGAUGUCAGGAGCAUACUACUGUCAAUACAGAGUCUGUUAGGUGAACCGAACAACGAAAGUCCUCUGAAUGUGCAGGCAGCUGACAUGUGGAUCGAUCAGACAGCGUACAGAAAAAUUCUACACGAAAAAUACGAAACAGAAGUAAAAUCUCGCAAUUAACUACAGACCCGUGUAACACUUGCUGUACAUAUUUUAAAACACCUAUAAUUAGAACAUUUGUUUAUGUGAGAGUGUAGCCUAUAGGUGACAUUUUUACAGAUGUAAUACUGUACUAUAAGUAGACAAUUGACGUUUAAAUAAUGUGAUGUGUGAUGUGUAUAUAAUUGUAAAUGUCACUAGUCGCAAAGCUUAAUUUGGUCGAGUUUAAUCUGAACAGUUUGUAUAAGAUACUAUUGCCUUCUUUACACAUACACACAACCCCUCCAGUGGACAAGGGGUCAUGCAGGCUUAUCUCACAGGUUUCACAAUAUUGCAAGAUGUAAUUAAUGUCUUGUAAUUGACAAAUUUAGGGAAAUAAUGUACCAAUUUUUUUAUAUUAAACAAUUUCCAUCUUAUGUUGCUAAUA